CAAAUACCACGACUCCCCCCUUUUCAUCUCACCCAAUUUCUACCCCCUAUAUAAAGGCACCAUCCGCUACAAAUGGCAGCAGCAACCGCCAUUAGAGUUGCAGCACAUUCUUCUCUCACUCUUCUCGCGUCAUCCCCAUCUUCAUCUUCCUCCAUUAUCAAAAACUUUAGAUCCAUAUCCCAUCUGGGUAUCAUUUCAUUUUCUGCAAACCCCUUGUUGUUUUCUUCUCCAAGAAGCAAACGUAUGGCUCACGUUGUCGCUAAGGCCACUCUUGGCCUCACUCAUCCUGCCCAAAUCGACCAUCCCAAGAUUUCUUUUGCUGCUAAAGAGACCAAUUUGGUAGAAUGGAAAGGAGAUAUACUCGCAGUGGGUGUCACAGAGAAAGACAUGGCAAAAGACCAAAACUCAAAAUUCCAAAACCCGAUUUUAAACAAGUUAGAUUCCCAAUUGAGUGGAUUAUUGUCAGAAGUAUCUAGUGAGGAAGAUUUCACAGGAAAAGCUGGACAAUCAACUGUUAUUAGAUUUGCGGGUCUUGGAUCCAAACGGGUCAGCUUAAUUGGGCUUGGAAAGGGUCCCACAGGCCCAUCUUAUCGUAGUCUUGGUGAGUCUGUUGCAUCAGUUGCAAAGUCUUCUCAAGCAAAAAGUGUUGCCAUUGCUCUUGCUUCUUCAGAAGGGUUAACUACUGAAUCAAAGCUUGCUACUGCUUCAGCAAUAGCAAAAGGCACAUUAUUGGGUACUUAUGAAGAUAACAGAUUCAAAUCCGAGUCAAAGAAAUCCACUCUUAACUCUGUUGACCUUUUUGGCCUUGGAUCUGGACCCGAGCUAGAAAAGAAACUUAAGUACACAGAAGAAAUUUGCUCAGGGGUAAUUUUGGGAAAAGAGCUUGUAAAUGCCCCUGCUAAUGUCCUCACUCCUGGGGUAUUAGCGGAAGAAGCUGAAAAGAUUGCUGCAGCAUACAGUGAUGUAAUUACAGCAAAGAUAUUGGAUACAGAACAAUGCAAAGAAUUGAAAAUGGGUUCAUAUCUUGGUGUGGCUGCUGCUUCUACAAAUCCUCCAAAGUUUAUCCAUUUAUGUUAUAAACCUCCAAGUGGUUCCAUUAAAACCAAGCUUGCUUUAGUAGGAAAGGGGUUGACUUUUGACAGUGGUGGCUACAACAUUAAGACAGGACCUGGUUGUUCAAUUGAGCUGAUGAAGUUUGAUAUGGGCGGCUCUGCAGCGGUUUUAGGUGCUGCAAAAGCCCUUGGUCAAAUUAAACCGCUUGGUGUAGAGGUUCAUUUUAUAGUAGCAGCUUGUGAGAACAUGAUAAGUGGAACUGGUAUGAGGCCUGGAGAUAUAUUGACAGCCUCAAAUGGAAAGACAAUUGAGGUCAACAACACUGAUGCUGAAGGCAGACUUACACUUGCUGAUGCUUUGGUGUACGCUUGUAAUCAAGGAGUAGACAAGAUAGUUGAUUUGGCAACUUUGACUGGAGCUUGUGUGGUUGCUCUUGGGCCCUCAAUUGCAGGCAUUUUCACACCGAGUGAUGAGCUGUCAAAGGAGGUGGUUGCCGCCUCGGAAGUCGCCGGAGAAAAGCUUUGGAGGUUGCCAAUGGAGGAAAGUUAUUGGGAGUCGAUGAAAUCUGGGGUGGCUGAUAUGGUCAACACUGGUGGUCGUCAGGGUGGUUCUAUUACUGCAGCUCUUUUCUUGAAACAGUUUGUGGAUGAGAAGGUAGAAUGGUUGCAUAUUGACAUGGCGGGACCCGUUUGGAGUGACAAGAAGAAAGCAGCAACAGGAUUUGCAAUCCCAACUUUGGUGGAAUGGGUCGUGUCCAACUCUUCAUCUUAAAGGCUUUAAUCAGUUUGGCGGGUUGACCCGUGGGUCUUCUUAAAUUCUCUAGUGGACUAGUGGACUGGAGGGAGGUUCAAAUGUGAGAGUGAGUGUUGCUGAAUCUUAAUGAAUAAAAGGAUGAUGUCCAUUUAAGGAAAAAAAAUUGGAUCUCUGUGUUUGGGUCUCCCAGUUUAUGCAUAUGCAAUUUGGUUAUGGUUUUCA